AUGGCGAGCGGCGGUGGCAUCCUCCUGGUAGACAACACCCGUCCGGCACACGAACCGGACGAGCCUGAGAACGGCCUACAAGCGAGCCGGACGAGCACCCGCCGGUCACUAGCUAAGAAGCUGACUGGCCUCUCCGUUCGAGAAAACCUGGCACGGCGGAAAUACGCAAAGUAUCAGCAGGGUCGGUACAAUGGUGUUAAAGGCGUCAACGGCACCAACGGUGUUCAUGGUGCCAAUGGUAUUAAUGGUGUCAAUGGAGACGAUAGCAGGCUCAGCAGAGAGAUUACAGCUACGUCUCCAAGAGAGGGCUCGCUGUCCAGGAGCACGUCAAUCGCAGGGUCGUCGUGUGCGAUUAGACGGUCAGAAUCAGACGUGGCGUUCGACGCCGAAUCAUACUUGCAGGAACAACCAACAGCAGAAGAGCUGCAACCUCAAUCACAGAGUGAGAUAGACGUGCUAUACGAAAACCAACGGGGAUGGUUCUUCUUUGGCAAGCCGAUCUUUUCGCAAAACUCGCUUUUGAACCUUGACCCGCCAGCAUGGAUGACUGCCACUUUUGAAAAAAGCCCCGUAACAAUUGCGAAUGCACAGGUCCCCGACCCAAGCUGGGAAUGGGACUGGAAGACAUGGUAUGUCGACAUGUCGUAUGAUGUUGAUGAGGAGGGAUGGCAGUACUCGUUCUCCUUUGCCUCGAAGUUCUCCUGGCACGGAACCCAUCCCUGGUGUUUUUCGUUUGUUCGACGGAGGCGAUGGCUCAGGAGGAGAGUGAGGAGGUCUAAACAUCGACCUGAAAAGGGUAUUGUUGGUUAUGGGCUGCCAGGAAGCUGUGAACACAGCAUUCUCACCGCCGGUGAAGCUGGAACGACUUAUACUGGACAGCUAUCGAGAAUAUCCCAAGAUGAGUGGGAAGAGACCGUUGCACCCGAAGACAUCACGAACGUGGCCAUUCUAUCCAAGGCCAUGAGGAUUUCCACGCUGGACCGUGAGAGGAUCGACGCAGUGAGAGAAUUCGUACACCGAGGAGGAGAUGGCCUGGUGCUACUGGAAGAUAAGAUGCCCGAGUUACUGUCGAUGCUGCUCUUCCAUUCUUCGCGUCGAGAGUUAGUCAAACUGCUGAAACAGUCAAUGGAUGAAAUACCGCAAGACUCUUCCGAUGAAUCCGCGAGAGCCAGGCGGGAGAAUCUUCACAAAGCGUACAAAGCUGGUGACCGGCUCCUUAGAGAGUCGUUGGGCUGGAACGGCGCAUGA